AUGAGUUUCAUUUACAGCCAGCUUAUCAAAACCCUGCCAUACCCUUCGGGCUCGUAUGCUGGCAAAACUGUUGUCAUCACUGGCAGUAAUGUUGGCCUCGGCAAGGAGGCUGCGAGACAUUUCGCCCGGCUGGGUGCCAGCAAGCUGAUCCUCGCCGUCAGAAGCCUCGACAAGGGGCAUGCCGCCAAGGAGGACAUCGAAGCUACCACAAACUGCGCCAAAAACGUCAUCGAAGUGUGGGAACUCGACAUGUCCAAGUACGCCGGCGUGCAAAAGUUCGCUUCCCGGUUGAGCACUGGGCUGGAGCGUGUUGAUAUCUUCAUUGCCAAUGCGGGCGUGGCUCACCCCAAGUUCAAGCAGGCGGAAGAGGAUGAAGAGACAAUCACCGUCAAUGUCGUUUCCACAUUUCUUCUAAUGGCCCUCGUCUUGCCCAAAAUGAAGGAGACGGCUGUCAGAUUCAACACUCGACCCACCUUCACGAUCACAUCCUCGGAGGUGCACGGCUGGACGCCGUUUGAGGAGCGCAAUGCACCCGAUGGCCAGAUCUUCAACACCAUCCACGAGAAAGCCUCGAAGCCGUCGGAGGAUGUGAGCAAUCUUUACCCGCUUUCAAAGCUCUUCGAGGUGCUUGGUGUGAGGAAAUUCGCCGCGAUGCACCCCGCUUCAGAAUACCCCGUUACCGUUAACAACGUUAACCCGGGCUUCUGUCACUCGGAACUAGCCCGCGAUAUCGCCUCGUGGACAAUGUGGCUAAUGAAGCGCUUCCUGGCCCGGACAACGGAGUAUGGCAGCAGGAACUUGGUGUAUGCUGGAUCAGCAGGCGUUGAGUCUCAUGGACAUUAUGUUUCGGACUGCGCCGUGGCGAAGCCGUCGCCAUUUGUGAGAAGUAACGAGGGAGAAGUGGCACAAGACCGUAUUUGGAGUGAGCUUGUGCAAAAGUUGGAGGCUAUUCAGCCCGAUGUUAUGAGCAAUAUUUGA